GUCCGAUAUCCUUGAGAGCGGUCAUAUUAUAAAACUACCUUUACCUCUCGCACACACACACACACCCGACCGCAAGAUGGAGAUUCUAUCGUCGGUAGCGCGCCUUGGCAUUGGCUUCCCCUUGCGUGUGGCGUCCGACUUGUCUGUGAUCCCGUCCAUUGCCAUCAUGAAGCAGAACCAGCGCCACUUUGAAAUGUUCAUUGGCAUCUUCCACGUCGUCGUGUCAUGUUUGGCCAACGCCGCGGACGUUUACGAACGCACGACCGACGCCCCCCUGUUCCUCACGACGGACCAAUGGAACGGCAUGCUCGACGUGCUGUGGCUGUCGUUCUUGUACCUCUUGGUCGUGCAUUUGUUGUCCAUCAAGAACGAAAACGUCAACAUUGUGCUGCGCUACGCCGGGUUUUCCCUGGCGUGGAUCCUCAAACUUAAAGACGGCCCCGCGACCCACACGUACUCGUUGCUCAUGGUCCUCGCCGGCUUCUCUGCCGUCGUCCUGCGUCGAAACCUGUUUGCCGACAAGUACAUGCUCCCCCUCCGCAAACGCGAAAUGGCCACCAGCGUCGCCCUCGCCCUGUUUUGCACGACCAUCUUCUUGUACGCGUUUGACAUUCCCAUCGAUGGCGCGUACAUUCGUGCGGCGUUCUACUGCUGCCUCGGUGCAUUUUUCUACUUUGGGUGGAAGUGCGUGCCUGUUGGGGGCGACAACGGCACCUCCAAAAAAUGGGAUGACUGUGACGUCGUGUCGUCCGAGUUUAUUUGAGUUGUUAAGUUGUUGUAAAUUGUAAACGCAAGAAUGUAUGAUGGUCGUUCAUUCGUACGAA